AUGUUCAACCAAUGGUCCGCCAACCCUUGGUUGCUUCCCCCGCCACCUCUCCCUAACCCUGUUCCACCGCCUCUGCCUAUGCCGGUUCCUCCGGCAACGAUGCCUAUGCAGUUCACGGAGGCUUUCAGGGCUGAUCUUCUCAGACAGCUGAGGGAGCAGCACGAGCUGGAGCAGGACAGGAAACGUGAGUCAGCCCAGAAGGUCGCAGCAGCACACCCGCCAGAGGAGGACCUUGCGGAUCUGCUUCGUGACGAGAAGGGUGAUGGUGGGGCUCCUUCCGGUGUGGGUGAGGCUUCGAAUCCGAAGCCUGCUGCUUCCAAAGUGCAGAACAAGGUCCUGGCUCCGAAACCGAAGUACAUCCCGGCGGCAAAGGUGAAGCCAGAGGCCCCAGCCUCUUCUCAGGCUUCUGAGGCUGUGGACCAGGAGCUUCCUGCCAGGCCCAAGGUAGAGAAGACUCGUCCUAAGCGGGUGGGCACCCUUUCAGUGCUGGGCGGAACUCUGGAGAUCUACGCCAGGUUCACUCCGUCAGUACCGGCACCUGAAGUCACCUUGGAGCCGGUGCCUGCUGCAGUGACCUCUGAGUCAACGCCUGCCCGCCAUCCGUUGCCUCAGGAGCCGGUGAAGGUCAACGACUCCGAGGUGCUGGAGAAGUGUGAGGAGGUGGCCGACUCCAACAAGGACGGCAACGUUCCGGAGCAGCCCGAGGCCUCCCAGAGCUCUGCCCCGCAGACCCCACCGAGGAAGCUCUUUGACUGCAUUGCUUCCCAGUUAGGUGCUAGCUGGCAUGUAAGCAAAAGGGCCAUCGAGAAGAUGCAGUAUGGCUGCAAGCGAGCCCGGGGCGGAGCACAGCACCGCCAGGAUCGCAACUUGGACUGGCAGGAUGGUGACUACUACGACCAGCAGGAAGCGGAGCAGGAUCUGAAGGACAUGGCGGCUGCGAAGCCUCGCAAGCCGGCGACGUCGCCGCAAGCUGAAGAACCGCGAGCUGAGAAGGAGACCUCAGGCCUCAAGCCCAGGCGACUGUUCCAGGAAGGCUCAAAGGCUGGAUCGAAGCGAUCCUUGGACUUGGACGAGUUGGAGGAUGAUGAUCCGCAGGAUGACAAUGACCUCUUCGGUGGCAACUUCGAGCAGGACAGGAAGGCUUUGCAACUGAGCUCUCGGAAGAAGGUGCCUCGCAAGAAGGCCCCUGCUGAGCCAGAGCCUGAGUCCUCCCACGAGGCUGCCAGCCCCAAGCAGGAGGACAACAAGCCUGACGAGGAGGAAGCAGUGCAGGAACCAUCCGAGCCAGAGCUGUCUUCCGAUGCUGAGGCUACUGAGGCAUCGGUACCACGGCCGUCCCGUGACAGCAAGGCCCAGGAUGUGCGAUCCAAGUUUGAGCCCGAGCUUUUGAAGCUCUUGCUGGACGGUAUGUCUUCGACAGAUGCCGAUCAUUGCCUGGACCUCCUUUUGUGCGAGGACAUCACCUCGUUGUCCGAUGCUACGGAGCUGUUGUUGGAUCUUCCUGCAGGUGAGUUGCUGGAGAGCUUGGGGGAGAAGGCUAGGCUCUGUGCGAAGAAGCUCACCUUGACGGCUCGCAGAGCUGUGCUGCAGUGGCCGAAGAAGUUGAAGGACAGUCUUGUUGCCUUGCUUGUGUUUGUGCUGGACUUGGGUGAGCUGCCUGCCUAUGAGGAGCAUGCUGAGAAGGCGGACCUGCGAUCCUGGCUCCAGAAGAAGCUGGAGGAGCACCGGCUGAGUACAGAUGCGGAUAUCCGCAAGUCCAAAGAGCUCUUCCUCCAGAAGAUUGCUUUUGUGGACAGGAAGAGUCUGCAGAAUCUGCCGGUAGCAGCAGAGAAGCAAAUAGUGAUGUCCGACUGGGAGGCACUUCUGGAUGAUUGCCGUCAAGCGGCAGCGUCUGCAGGCUUGCCUUUGAGGCCUCGACUUCACGCAACUGCUGUAGCUCCCGAGGAGCCACAGCAGAUUGUGGCUUUGGACGACGCCGAUUUGGAGCCUCCGGCAGCUGACUCCACGGAGCGGAUGGAGUACACGCCUACGAAGACACUCUUCUUGCAGACCCAAGCCGGGACUGCCGGCGUUUUUGAGGUCCUCAAGGCCAGGAAAGGGACUUGA